UAGCAGAAGAAUUUAUGGAACGUUAUCUGAACUUGAAGAUUGAUCGUUCGACUGUGUCAAAAAUAUUAAAGAGAGCCGAUGAAUACCAAUUUCAGGAUGAUGUUGCUGAAACAACUUUUCGUCAUCGUCCUGUGAAGUAUUCAAUAUUAGAACUUGCCAUGAAUAUGUGGAUAGAACGGGUCACGACCGAAGGAAUGAUUAUUUCGGAUUUGUUAGUAAAGGAAAAAGCCUGCCAAUUCGUACAAGCAUUUGCUAUACCUGAAGGGUCACUUACAUUUUCAAAUGGGUGGGCUACUAAAUUUAAAAAACGUAAUGGAAUAAGAAAAAUUACAAUGCAUGGCGAAGUAGCAAGUGCACCCUUGGAAAACUUACCUGAGGAACGGAAAAAAUUGCAAGAACUUCUCUCCCAUUAUAAUUCAGAAGAUAUAUAUAAUGCCAACAAAACGGGUCUAUUCUACCGAUUGCUUCCUAACCAAACUCUUUCUAAAAAACCGAUGGCUGGAAAAAAAAGAGUAACUGUACUACUUUGCUCCAAUUCAACUGGUUCUCAUAAGUUUCAUCCGCUGGUCAUUGAUACUUCUAAAAAACCACGGUGCUUUAGUGGAAUAAAUACUUCACAAUUACCAGUGAUGUAUAAAAAUAAUAAAAAAGCAUGGAUGAGAAGUGAUAUUUGGGAACAAUGGUUACGUUAUAUAGAUGAUGGUUUUCGUAUCCAAGGUAAACAAGUCUUGCUUCUUGUUGAUAAUGUGGCAUCUCAUAAGACUCCAGGAACAAAUAAUUCAAGUGAAGUCCAGGAUGAUAAUGCAGAUGAAUCACUAUCUGAGAAUGAUUUUAAUGAUGAAAUUGAAGAACUUCAAGAAGAAUCACAAGGAAGAUCGUGA